AUGCAUGCUCGUAUAUGGCAUGACACAGCCCUUGUGCGACCAGAUUCUGAUGCCACGACAGUACCAGCUACAGAAGAAGAAGUGAAGAAGCAUGUAGAAGGUCUGAAGAAAAAAACAGCGGCAGAGAAAAAGAACGCAAAAGAGAAAGAAUCAGAGCGACCAAAGCUUGACAAACGUGUGCAAAGUCAAGAGCUUUUGACUACGGAAGCCGCCCCAAAGGUUACAUCAAAGGAUUCAGCGCCCGCUGCGACAGCGGUGAAAGCAAAAGCUCAACCAGCGAAAGCAGUCAAGGUGGAACCUGACCAUGAGCUCAUUGCCAAGGCAGUUGCCCAAUGUCUAGCCAGGUCUUCCACCACAGAGUUGAUAGAGUCAUCGCAACCCAAAGAAUCACAGGAUCCUGGUGCAAAGAAGAGCCAGAAGGAACCAGAAGCGGACUCUGAAAGUGACAACUCAGAGGAGUUCCGGCAAAAAGAGCGGCUCGCCAAAGCCCGCCGUGCAGCGCACGCGCGGUAUAUGCGCUUCUCGAGGUCUUUGAAGAGCAACCGCACGCCCAUUGAGGUAAGGCGGGCUGGCCUGUCCGCGAAAGGCUGCAGCCCAAAGCUCUUGAUUCUUCAAGAGCAAUGGGAAGCAUGCUGCGGCAUGUGGACUCAAUCGGACUUUGUGAUCCAACUCCGCAGCAAGAACCGCCACCGGCGGUAUGGAUCGCGUGUAUGGCUCACCAGAAGUGAGCUUGCCGCCAAAUACUCCAGUAUCGAAAUCGCGGAUCAGAUCAUAGCAGCAAAGAUGGCUAUCGAAGAUGACGCGGUUCGCCAAAGCCAAGUGAGGACGCACCCCGACAUGAACGGAAUUGAUACUCCAGAAACAAGGCAAUACCUUAUCUGGGAUAAGGAAGGCACUGAGGACACGGAGGACACGGUUUGCAGCGAGCUUUUCAGUGCAGCCGAAUCGGGCCAAGAUCCACUUGAGGCGGCAGGCCGAGGUCGCUCCAACAGAAGGAAGUCUGACAAAAAGAAGCAAGACAAGAAGAAGAAAAAGAAGUCCUCCUCGUCUCGCAGUACUUCAUCCUGUUCCUCUCCCUCGAAAGAUUCAAGUUCAAGUGCUGGGAAGGCUGGGGAUAUCGGGAAGAAAUCAAAAGACAAACGGAGGAAGAGCACCAAGGUCAAGGCCAAGAAGGGCAAGAAGAAUGGCAAGAAGAAUGUCAAAGGUAAAGAUGGUAAAGGCAAAAAGAACCCCCCUCGAAAGUCUUCAUCCUCAGUGUCGUCCAGUUCCGUAGGUUCGGCUUCUGAAGAACCGGAAGAGACCGAGGAGGAAAAGAACAAACGUCUGAAGAAAGAAGCCGAUGCUGCGAAGAAAAAGAAGGAGAAGGAAGAAGAACAAAAGAGGAAGGAGAUUGAGAAAGAAAAGAAUGCGGCAUUCAAAAAAGAACACAACAAGGGAAAACAGGCCUUAUCCAAGCUUGGGAACCACAUCGUCAAGGCUGCAGGAUUGGAUGACAAGCUCACCCACAUGAGCAAGCCGGUGGCAGAAGCAAUUUUGGUGGAGGUCAAACCCCACAUUACAAAAAUGAAAGACGCAAGAUCCAAGCUACAGAGUGCCGUUGAUGUGGCCAAGGUGACCUCAGUGAAGCGUGUGAUGCGACGGUGUCGAGACCAUGUAGCGGAAAGUGGUACGGCCGUCCAUAAGACCACCUUUGCACUGGCUUCCAAGUCCGGGCGAAACGAUGUUCGAGACUUCUGGCGUGCUGCAGACAUCCCGGUGGAGAUUGAGAGCAUUCGACUGCCUGUUGUUGACAAAAAGGCUGCUCGUGGUACAAGCGUGGAGGUGUUCCCAUUGGUGCAUCCACACAGAAUCCUCUCUUAUCUUGCUGAUCAUGUGGGUGUUGCCAUGCCCACAUCAGAGGUUGAGCGCUAUUGGGACCAUGCCCGAGAGAUGAACGAACCCUGGGCUUGCUCGCACACUGCCACAAGGCAGCAUAUACCUAUUGGAUUGCACGGCGACGCAGCCCGUCUUUGGACGCAAUUCCAGGUGGAACGACUUGUGGGAGUCUGGAUGAACCUGGUCCUCUUCCGACCUCGCUCAGUGCGGUAUAGUCGAUUCUUACUGUUCGCAAUACCCAAAGAGAAGCUUGUGAAAAAUCGAACACUCAACGCAUUCUGGAAAAGGAUGGUGUGGUCGUUGAAUGCUGCCUUCACCGGGUACAACCCGAGUACAGGGCCAUCAAAUGGUCCGCUGACUGGCAAAGAUGCUGAGCGAGCUGGCACACCUCUUUGCCAGGGCAUGAGAAGAUUUGCCGUCACAGAGCUCCGAGGGGACUGGGAAUGGCACAGGGACAUUUGGAGGUUCACUGCCAGUUGGCAAUCGCAGCAAGUGUGCUUUCGUUGCCCCGCUGUCACCAAUGGUAUGGGCGACCCAUCCUAUGUUUACUACAACAACGACGCGCACACCUCAUGUUGGCUCCAAGAAGAGUUCACGUUGCCACAGUUUAUCGCCAGAAGGUUGAAAGAACGCCAGCUGUGCCCUUUGCUAGAACUUGAAGGAUUUCAUCCCGGGCUCUUGAAGUUUUGUUCGAUGCAUGCAGUAAACUUGGGAUUACUAUAUGUGUGCAAUGCUGCAGCUCUGCUUCUACUUUGUGAAGAUUUGCACUUUUUUGGCAAUGGCAGCUUUGUUGACCAACUGGAUGAAGCUUACAGGGACUUCAAGUCCUUCUGCUCCUCUCGCAGAAUUCCCCAUUCUCAACCGCCGUUUGUGCCGAAAAUGGUGAAGAAAAGGUCUGGUGUGGAUCUCUUCACCGCGAAGGCGUACAACGGAAGGGUGAUUGUCAGCUGGCUGAGCCACACCCUGUUGCUUGCACUGCAACAGUUUCCCGACGACCGAAUCCUGAUUCUGACCAGUGCAGCACUGAGCUCGAUGGCCAAGUGGUUCCAGAUCAGCGAAAACCAUGGUCGCUAUUUGCCGCAAGCGGUUGCCCAAGAGUUUCAUGACACUGGCAUGCGAUUUCUUGAGAUCUACAAAGUCUUGUCAGUGGAACACAUCAGGUUGGGAAAGAUGCGGUGGCAAAUGCGUCCAAAGCAUCAUGUAUUGUCUCAUUUAUGCAAGGACGCUUUGAGAUGGCGUGUCAAUUGCAGAUUUUAUCAUACAUUUGUGGACGAAGAUGCCAUGGGCUGGCUUAAACGUGUCUCUGCAAAAGCCCAUCCCAAGCGUCGCGAGCUGUGGUUGUUAAAGUGCUCCAAGCUCAGGCCGGCUGAGCAUGGGCAAAUCAACUUUCUAGAAUCCUACCACAGUGUUGAUGACAACUGCCUGCUGUUUUUUUGGCAGGCUUCGCACCAUGAAGCACCGCAUGGAUCGUAA